CUGAAGGAUAACGUUAUGUUGACCCGCGCGGCGCGUGACUGUCCGCUCGCUCUACUGAGUCACGGCUGGAAAUGAAGGACAAACUCCCUGAAAAAGCUCAGACAGACAUCUGUUGCCACCCAGUUUAUUUUAUUCUGAACUUCUAAAGUGACACCAUUUGCAUGAAGAAAAGCUUUUAUUACACGAGUGUCAAGAAAAACAUCUGUAAAGGAGAUAUGUUGAUAUUCCACCUUCGAAGUUAAAAAAAAAAACUAUCAGCUUUCACAAGCAUGAUUGAAAACCAAGUUGUGUGCCACAGCAUGAAUUUCAUCCUGAAUUAAAGUUUAAAUUCCAGGACCACUUAAUUUUUUAUACCUAGUGCUUAGAGGUCCCAGAAAACUAACUACUCCUUUGGCAAUGUUAUGUCCAUAAUGAGUACAUUUGAUCAACGGUUUGUGAGGUAGUCUUCGGGUGUGACAUUCUACCAGAGGCUUUUUCCACAUUUUAUGGAGGUCUCAAAUAAGCAGCUGAGCACUGGGGAGCAGUCAGGAGGUCAAGAACACCUUCAUGAAACUCAAUAUGAGUCUUGUCUUGACAACCCGGAACCAACCGCAACUGGCUCCCAGCAGCAGCAUGGACCAUCCCAUCCGAAACAAACAAAAAGACGUCAUGAGAGAAAGCGUCUCCGGCUUCAGAAAAGAAAUGUACAGGAAGCAGAUACUCUUGAAGGGGGGAAGACAGAAUGGGCUUCUAGAAGCUCUGAAGAUAUGGACGUUUCUGAUAAAUGCCCUGAGACUUCAGCUUCAUCAGUGUCAAAGCAACCUUCCAUGGAGAUGCAGGAGAGCACACAAAAACAAAAACGUGAGCGUAAACCUCAAAAGCCAGGAAAGUAUGUAUGCACCUAUUGUGGUCGUGCAUGUGCCAAGCCCAGCGUACUACAGAAACACAUACGAUCCCACACAGGAGAAAGGCCCUACCCUUGUGCACCAUGUGGUUUUUCCUUUAAGACUAAAAGUAAUCUUUACAAGCACCGUAAAUCACACACACAUAAGGUAAAAGCUGGCAUGGCCUCAGGUAGACAGGUGUCUGGCCUGAGUUGUCAUGAUGAUCCAGUUACAGAAUCAGAUGAAGACACUGGUCAGUCAUCUCUUACGCUUAAAAAUCAAGAAAUGGCAUCUUCUCAAAGAGAUUCUUGCGCAGAGGUAUCCAAUGAAGGCCAACCACAGGGAUUAGAAUAUUCUCAUGCUGUCAAAAAGAGACUAGCUAUGAGGCUUAGCAAAGGAAGACGAGCUCCUAUCGGCUCAUCUGAUGAGACCUCCUCAUCAUUUGGGAUCGGCAGCAAAGGCAGCACAGAAUCAGGCUAUUUCUCUCGUUCUGAAAGCACCGAUGUCUCUCAAGACAACCUGCCAAACACAAGUGCCAAAACUUAUGCAGAAGUUAUUCUUGGAAAAUUUGGUCGUCUUGGCCAUUUGCAGAGAACAGCUCGUCAACAAGAUGAACACUCUGCAGAACUUGAGGGGAGGAGCAUCCCAUUCUCAGUGCCUAAAAAGCAAGUAAUCGAUCACAUCACCAAACUCAUCACCAUUAAUGAAGCAGUCGUAGACACAAGCAAGAUUGAUAGCGUCAAACCCAGAAGGUUUUCACUUUCCAGGAGAAGCAGCAUUGAGUCGUCUCUUUCAAAAGAUACAAUUCUUUGUAGAGCUAAAGAGAUAGACAUUAGUUCAAAAAGCAGUGGGUCUAUCACUCUAGGUGUCCCUUGUGAGAAAUUUCAACACCACUCCAUCAGUGUCAGCCAACCAUCUCUGUCAUCUGGUCCCCUUUUAAGAAGUCACUCAUUACCAUCAGAUGCAAACACAGAAGUCACUGCCGCCCCACAAAACUUUCGUCAAAGCCAAUCAUUUGAUGAACAACCAGCUCAGAACAGGAGGCAUGGUAUGCUAAGGCGCCAACCUGCAAUUGAAUUACCUAUUGGUGCUGAAAUUACUAUUGAGGAACAGCCCUGUUCCAGCUCACCAUUUCAUCCCUCAGUUUCCAUGGUGUCUGACUGCAAGGAAAAAAAAGCAGAACCAUUUGAGUGUGAAGCAUGUGGACUUGCUUGCAACAACUGGGAAACAUAUAAAACACACAAGAACCAUAACUGCCCUGCCCAGCUGUCUCACCAACUUGAAAUUCCAACAUGUCCAUCUGAAGAGCAUGGGACAAUUCAGAAAACUCGAAUUGGUGGUCUAGCGUUGCGCAAAAGGAGAAAGGAGGAGAGUCUAGAACUUGAUGAUCCUGCCUUACCAUCAGCUGCCUUGUCCUCUACUUUUGCUACAUCACAAGGGUAUAUUGCAAUGUCUGUAGAGCCUAUCAUAGAAUCUGUUUGGUCAAUGCAAACUCAUGAGAAAGAGAACACUCUGAAAGGAGUAUCGGUGAUACAACAUACUAGUUUAUUUAACAAACAAGAACCAUUGCCUCACACUUACUUAAAGGAACAGACAAUAAAGCCAAAUUUCCGUAAGCUUGUUCGCCAACACAAUGUUCAAAUACCAGAAAUUCGAGUAACAGAAGAAACAAAUACCAAUGCAACAGUGCCACUCCAUCCAGAUGGGUCUGAAACUAAAGAGCCAAAAAAGGUUGAAAACUUCCAGUGGCCCCAGAGAAGUCCAUCACUGGCCCAGCUUCCCAUUGAAAAGUUGCCCCCAAAAAAGAAAAGAUUGCGUCUUGCAGAGGCAACCCAGUCCUCUGGAGACUCAAGUUUUGAAUCACUAUCUGUUCCUCACAGUCCAAGUCAAGAUACUCACCGAUUUAGUCAUUCCACAUCACCUGAGGAAUCUGUCAAAUGUGAUGUUGAAACAAUAUCUAGAAGAUCAAGAGCUCCUCAUACAUUAACAGUCUCGAGUACUCACCACCCUCAUAGAGAAAUGCAACGGUCUGCAUCUGAGCAAGCACCACAUAUACCUCAGCAGACUAACCCCAUUGUUGAGAGCAGAAGUAAAUCCUUUGAUUACAGCUGUCUAUCCCCUGAUCGAACACCUGCAGGUUGGAGGGAAAGGCGCAAAUGCCUCCUAAUGAAGCAUUCUGUUGUAAGAGAGCCAGAUGAAGAGGGUCCACCACCAAGGCCAGUUCUUAGUGUUAAUCCCCCAUCUCCAAGUGCAAGCAUUUCUCCUAGGCAAAGUCCGGACACGUCUCAUUCUUUUGUACCUUCUUCAGUCUGUAAUGUGUCUUUAAGCAAUACAGUAUGCCCCUCAUUCUCUCAUAAAACUGUUACUUCUUUAACUGCAGUGACUCAUACAGAUGAUCAUACAGUUAUGGAAAAUCUGCACUGCCUGUCAGGUGCUGCAAGAGCUCAUUACUAUUCAGUCUCUUCCGGUCUAAAGCUUGAAAUCCCCAUAAAGGAAGAUGUUGGACAGUCAACUGCUGCUUAUCAUCACUACCAUUCCCUACUUGAUAUUACUCCAUGCCAAGAGCUUUUGAGGCCUCCUGGAAUGCAGAGAGUGCCUGUUCGACUUUGUUCAGACCUAACAUUCCAUGCCAAAUCUGUUUACACUACGCUGUCACAGUCAAUUGUUGCAACAUCUCAGGAUCCUGGCUGCUCUGGUUCAAAAUUUGAAUCUACAGUUUCUAGGUUUGAUUUUAAAGAUCAACCCCCAGUAGCCGAGGGGUCCAAAUCCUCCAAUGCAGGAGGAAAUAAACGAGUACUGUCGCCAACAAGCAGCGUGGAGCUCACUCCUGAUAGCCAACAACAGAAACGUGUGAAGGAAGAGGAAGAGGACACCGACCUUUCAAAGAGCAAUAUAAGUAGUUUAAUUUCCAGCAAGAAAGAUGAACUCCAGCUGUGUACUAAUAGUAUUGUGAUUCCCAUCAAAAAAGAAGAGCCGUCGUACACAUCUCUUGACACAAAUCUCGCAAUUAGCUGGUGCUAUUUAAACUAUGUCAAACCCAAUCCAUCUGCUCAGGAUGACAACCAGAACUCAGUCUAUUCUACUUGGUCCAUUAGUAAUCGGAAUCCAAACCCUCCAGGGCUAACAAGCAAAGAUGUACUCUCUCUAGUGUACUGCAAGCAAAGAGAUACUUCUUUUACCUACACUACAGCAGCGAUGUCUCCCUCCACAGCAGCAAAACCUGCAGCACCUGACACAAGGGAUUGCAAGGAGGCUGAGGUACUUGCCAUACAGCCCAAAGACCCCACAGAGAUCCAGAAAGCUGAGCUGAGAAAGUCCGAGAAGACACCAAAGGAAGAGGGAGAAGAGGAAGCACAGUCUACCUCCAAAUACAAUGAGAUCCUCCGGGUACAAAUCUGCGAAGGAGGUUACAGGUCGAGUGAGGAGUAUGUGUACGUGCGGGGACGGGGGAGAGGCCGUUACGUGUGUGAGGAGUGUGGGAUCCGCUGCAAGAAGCCCAGCAUGCUGCGGAAACACAUCAGACUGCACACUGAUGCUCGGCCCUACGUCUGCCAGCACUGCAACUUCGCUUUCAAAACCAAAGGGAAUCUCACCAAACAUAUGAAGUCAAAGGCUCAUGGGAAACGUUGUCCAGAGGGGACCGCUCCUGGACCUGUGCUGAGUGAGCCAGACACAGAAGAAGCAGAUGGUCCUGAGGAGAGUUUCACAGCACCAGAAGUCGCAGAGGAGCACCAGUUUUCAGAUGCCGAGGACACGGAUGAGGAAGAUGACGACAAUGAGGAAGCUGAUGAGGAGACAUCCCAAUCCUCUGCUUCAUCUGUGAGGAUAUCUGUCUGUAGUGAAGUUCCAGGAUGUUCAGGUCCAACAGCCUUGGUGAAGACAAAUGAGUCCAGGCAGCCGAGUCCAAGCACAUCUUCAUAUGUAGAGACCACCACUGCAGCCAUGUCUUCUUCCCCCAUAUGCAGUCUUUCUCCUGGCCUUACUGUAUCCCCUGGGCAUCCAGGCUCCCCACGACGGGAUGCAUCCCCUUUGCGCUGUCUCUCUCCCCGGCUGAGUCUCUCUCCUUCUCCCUGCCAGUCCUCUCUUUCCCCAUCCACCCGACCCGUCUCACCUUUCUCACUAAGACACCUAUCCCCAGUUCGAGCUAUUUCUCCCAUAUGUCCCAUGUCUCCAAGCAGCCCACAAAGCUCCAGUUUUGGGGCCAGCUUGACUGUCCAACAGAGGGUUUACAACCAUCGAGAGUUAACCAAGUCUUCAAACAGUACAGUCAAUUUCAAGGGCAAGCCGGAGAAGACGAGCAGAGCUCAGAGAAGAGAGCAUCAGACCGAGUUGCUCUCCUUCAGGCACGGGCAGGCCAGGGAAGGCCAAGGAGUGCUCAGCCACCUGCCUCUACAUUCCCAACCUCAGACUCCGAGCUCCAGCCUCAGCCUCAUGAUCCCCAUAGGGGGAAUCCAGAUGGUCCAGAUUCCUACAAUCAACUCCGGUCUGCACGUGCACCGGUCAAAACUCAACCCCUGCAUGACCCAGACAGCGGUAGCCGAGCCGGGCGAGGAGGAAAAAACAAGUUCCUCAAGCGACUUAAUACAAUACGGGUCUGCUCCUGGAAGACAAAACCAGGAAACCGAUGAUAAAAAAGGCGAUACCCCGAGCGCACCCUUGACAACCUGGAAGUGUAUAUCUCAAAGAAAGGGGAGAAAGCGCUCGGACAAAGAUCCGACACACGUCCACAAAAGCGUUACAAUCAAGCAUACCACGCAGACGUUUACAGAUAGUGACGCGACACCCAAGAGCACUUGGAAGGAAAAGGCGUCCAGAGUAUCGGAGAGAACUCUAGCAGAGAGGAGACACUAGAUUCCAGAUCAAAAACAACCAAUGGAUGAUGAACCGAAUUGUCUUUUAAAACAAGAAAAAAGAUGAGCGUUUAGAAAAGAAAUAAAUGAAAAAAGAAAAUCAAUGUAAUAGUGUAGAUAUGUACUGUAGAUGCAAGAUAUAUCUGAUAUCUGUAUGUAUAUUGUUCUCGAGCUGUAUUCUAGACUCAUUUCUAUCUAUAAUUUAUAUACACUGUAAAAUAUAUAUAUAUGGUUUAUAUUGAUUUAUAUAUGACCUUGUAAUGGCUUUGGAGUUUGUACUUUAUGUGUUUGUAUCAUUUCUAAAUGCAAUUUCUCACUAGAAUAUGAAACUUCGCUGAACGGUUGUGUCCAUCCAACAUUUUUGAUAUACAUCAUAAGCACGGUAGAUAGACUCCAUACACAUGGUAUUUCUCAAAUAACCAAAAACCACUCACGUUGUCAGUAUAUCUACUUUUUUUUUUUUUUUUUCAUUUUUUAAAAAUAAUUAUUAUUUUUAAUUUAUGCAAUUAGUAGUGUUGCUAGAUUACAUAUGAGAAGAGGUCUGUAUAGUAUUUUCUUAUUGUGCAGUAUUUGGAUAUGGAAAGUUCUUUCCCAUGUAUUCUGUUAAUCAGUCGAUCAAUGGCAGAAAAGCUUUUAGUAAGAUGAAAAGAAGUAAUAAGAUUAUACGCAUAUAUUAUAAAUAGUUAAAGCUUAAAGCAUGGAUAUAUUGUCUGCUGUGUUUUUCAUUCUUUUAUUAUUAUUAUUAUUAUUAUUAUUAGAUUAGAGAAAAUAUGCAGAUAAUGUAUCAUCUAACAUGUUUCUUAUUGUCAGCAGAGCUAUGAUUGUAUUUAGGCAGAGAUUAACUCUAACUUUAACUGGACGACUACUUUCUUCUUCUUCUUUUUUUUUUUUUUUCUGACGGUGUUGUGUGAAAUAUAUAGCACCAGUGAGUGCCUCAAUGAAGAACUGUUCAAAAUACCUGCAGUUUAAAGUAGCUUCUGUUACGUACGUAAACACACACUGGCACCAGACUGACAGUAAGCUUCGCUUAAUUAUGUUUUAAUUAUUAUUAUUAUUAUUAUUAUUAUUAUUAUUAUUUUUUAAUAGUCUCUUCUUGAGAAUUGUUUAGAGUACACAUGGUUUAUUGAUGUUUAAAUAAAAAAACAAUAUCUUUAUAGCUUUUUUUUUCCUCAAUUAAACAUCAUGUAGCUAUAGCCUGAAUGAAAUAUUUGGUGUCUAUAAAGAGCAGCAUUGACGGCAAAAUUGGUAAGCAAUAAAAGCAGAUCGAAAAUAUGUAUUCAAUUGGGUACUGUCUGAAAUGUUCAAUAUUCCA